AUGGGUGGCGAGCUGCUCCUGGCUGGGAACAACAUCAGAAAUCAGCACGCGUGGAGGUCAGUAUUGACCGACUUCUGGCAGAAAUAUAAGGCAGUGGAUGCAACUCAUCCAGUCUACCAAAGUAUGGACUCGGACUACAGCAAUGUGAUCCCGUAUAUGAUACAUGGCGACGAGGGCCGAGGGCGGGGCAAGCUUCCGUUGUUGAGCAUUGCCUUUCAAGGACUGAUGCAUUCUUUCUGCAGUCGGCUGCUCUUUACAGUCUUCCCUUCACAGUGCUACGCGAAGAAAGACAAGAGCAUCUUCGGCUUAUUGGAAGCUUUGACAGCUGAUUGCAAGGAGCUCUUUGAGAACGGCCUCCAGGAAUCCAAAGCUUUAAAACUUAGAUUUACAAAUCUCGUAAACAUGACAGUUUUUGAACAUGAUAAAACCCCCAUACAGGUGCAGUAUGAUGACAGGGACUACAAGCUGCGCUUUGCAUACUUGGGCGGCAAGGGAGAUUGGGUUUGGUUGCGCAAGGCUUUUGCUCUAGCUCCUGGAUGGAGCUCCAAGAGGAUAUGCCACCUUUGCGACCAAGAGGAUUUGUUUGUUAAAGCUCAUGGGGUCGGUUUGUCGAUUGUGUAA